AUGAAACCAGUUAUAUUAACUAUUCCAAUAGUGUUUUUAAUUGUUUUACAUGAAUUGUUUGAAAAUUGGUUACCAGGGCAUUAUACAUUUGAUACAAAUGUUUUACAAUCAUUAGUUGAUCAAACAUUAGCUGCUAAUCACAAUAAUAAUGCAACUGAAAUCAUGAUUGAUUUAAGUUCAAGAUUAAAACAAGUAUAUCCAACGUUAAUUAAUGAUUUAAAUUUUGAUGAAUGGGUAUAUAAUAAUGCAGGUGGUGCAAUGGGUACAAUGUUUAUUUUGCAUGCCUCAGUUACUGAAUAUUUAAUAUUCUUUGGAACUUCAACUGGUACUGAAGGUCAUACUGGAGUUCAUUGGGCAAAUGAUUAUUUUUAUAUUUUAACAGGUGAAGAAAGAGCUUCAUUACCUAAUGCACAAGAACCUGAAAUUUAUAAACCUGGUAAUUGUCAUCAUUUGAAAAAGGGAGAAGCUAAACAAUAUUCAAUGCCUCCUGAAUCAUUUGCAUUAGAAUUAGCUCAAGGUUGGAUUCCUGCAAUGUUACCAUUCGGAUUUAUAAAAACAUUGACUUCUACAUUGGAUUUCAAGACAUUUUAUUUAACAUGUUAUUAUACUGGAAGAGAUAUGAUUAGACAUCUAAAGAACGGUAAGUUGUAA